AUGGACGAACAUGCAAAUCAACAGCAGCUGCUAUCAAAUUCAUCAGUACAUGAAAAUGAUAUAAUAAUUACUGAAUUGGCUCCGUUAACAGAUAAUCAAUCUGAUGGAGGUAAACAAAUACAACCAGCUAUUCCAAAAAGUUUAGAAUGGAAUACUAGUAGACUUAGUGAAAUAUGUCGUGAAGGUGAUAUUAUUGGUUUAGAUGAUUUUGUUGAAUAUAGUAGACAAACAUUAAGUUGUCGUAAACAUGCAUCUGAAAUAGCUGAUCGAAUUGAUUUAGAAACCGGUCUUUCGCCAUUACAUCAUGCUGCACGUUAUCAACAAUUGAAUAUUUGUCUUAUUCUUUUAUCUAAUAUUGAAUUUGAAUUAGGUAUUAAUAUUAAGGAUGCACAUGAUCGAACACCGAUACAUUCAGCAUUUCGUUCAUCGAAUAAUUCGACAUCAGAAAAACAAUUUAAUAUUGAUAUUAAUUUUGGCGAUAAAAUUCAAGAAGCUAAAAUUUGGCAAGAAGAAUAUAAAAAUAAAAUUCUUCAAAGUGAUCAUCCAUUAAUUUAUUUAUUUGCCAAAGUUAAUGGAAAUAUUAAUGCACGUGAUAAAUAUCUUCUUACACCACUUCAUUAUGCUGUAGCUCGUAAUAAUCUUGCUGGUGUUAAACAAUUAAUAACAUCCAAUGCAGAUAUUGAAGCACGUGAUCGUCAAGAAAUACGUCCAUUACAUGUAGCAUGUAAAGAAGGUUAUUUAUCAAUUGUUGAUUAUUUAAUUGAACAUGGUGCAGACAUUAAUGCAAUUGAUGUUGAAAAAUGGACACCCUUACAUUAUGCAUGUGCUAAAGGACAUUUAAAUAUUAUUAAAUUAAUUAAAUCAAAAUAUGAAAUAAAUUUUCAAAACUUUAUUCAAAUGAAAACAAAUAUGGGAGCAACAUGUUUACAUUUAGCAGUACAACAUGGAAAUAUUGAAUCUGUUGAAUAUAUUCUUAAUGAAUUUAAUAAUGAUACUUUAAAAAUAUUGAUUAAUGAACAAAUAGAAUCAUCUGGAACUGCUUUACAUAUGGCAGCAAAAUUUUGUGAUCCAUCGAUGAUUAAUCUUCUUUAUCAUCAUGAAGCUGAUCCAUUAAUAUUAAAUUCAUACAAUCAAUCAUCACUUCAUAUAGCUAGUGCUUCAAAUCGACUUCCUGUUGUUAAAGAACUACUUUCUCUUACGCAAUCAACUCUACUAGAAAUAAAAGAUCAUCGUGGUAAAACAGCUUUAUCGGUAACAACACAUCUUGAUAUUAUCGAUGAAUUAAUGACAUAUGGUGCUGAUAUUUCAAGUCUUGAUAAUAAUCAUAUGAAUGUAUUAAUGAUUGCUGUAGAAAAAAAUCAACUAUCAAUUGUUGAAUAUUUAUUAUCUGCUAUUAAUGAUCAAUCAGUAAAAAUAUUUGAUCAAGUAACAAAAAGAGAUAAUCGUACAAUAUUUCUAAUAGCUAUUCAAACAGGUUCUAUUGAUAUGUGUUCAUUAUUAUUAAUUCAUCCAUAUAUUCGUUGGAAUACAUUUGAUAAACAACGUAUGAAUGCAUUUCAUAUAGCUGCUCGAAAUAAUCAUCCACAAUUAAUUGAAUUACUUAGUGAACAUAUAAAAAAAUCUGAUAAAUUAAUGUCCGCCUAUAGUCGUAGUUAUUCAAUGACAAUAACAAAUUCUGAUUCAAUUAAUAUUUCACAAUUAUCACCAACUUUACAUUUAUAUAUUGAUGCACAAAAUGAAGAUGGAAAAACUCCAUUACAUUUAGCUGCUGAAUAUGGUCAUCAAUUAUGUGUAGAAAUUCUUCUUAAAUAUGAUGUUGAUAUUUUACUUCCAAAUUAUCUUGGACAAUUAGCACUUCAUAGUGCUAUACAAAAUGGUCGUAGUGAAUGCGUCGAUUUAUUAAUAAAAGCUUCAACAAGAAAUCUAGCUGAUUUUCAAUCUGUUUUAUCUAGAAGACAAUCACCAUUAAUAACUGCUUGUCAAAAUGGUUAUGUUGAUAUUGUUCGUCUUUUACUUUCUCAAGAUAUUGGAAUAGAUCACGAAAAUAAUAAUAAGAAUAAUAAAGAAGAAGAAAAUCCAUUAGAAAUAGCUAUUAAAUAUCGACAAAUUGAAACUAUUCAUACACUUCUAGAACAUCCACAUAUAGAAUAUUGGCUUAUGUCAAUAAGAAAAACAAAACAACAUUUUCAUCAAACACCAUUAAGAGAUAUGAUUCGAUAUAUACCGGAAUGUGCUAAACAUGCAUUUGAUAAAUUAAUAUUAACAACAAAUGAAAUUGGUCUUGAUGGAAAUACAUUUGAAAAAACUACAUAUAAAUAUAAGUAUAUUGAUGAUUAUUUUAUGAAUAAUGGUAAAUUAUAUGCUGCAUAUAGUCAUCAACUUUAUCGUAAUCAUCCAUUUAUAAUUGCUCUUGAUAGUGAACAUCAUUUUUUACUUGAACAUCCAUUAGCUCAGCAACUUAUGUUACGUAAAUGGAAAUUAUAUCGUCCAUUUUUUUAUUUAACACGUAUAUUAACAUUUUUAUUAUUACUUUGUUUAACAUUCUAUGUUCUUAUUGUACCUGCACCACACACAAAAUCAUCAAGAAAUUCUUUUUUAUCAUUAAAUAAAAAUUUCAUAUUAUCUAUGCAAUGGAUUAUUGUUAUUUUAUCUGGAAUAAAUUUAUUUAAAACACUUUUAGAAAUAAUACUUUAUCGUGGUUUACGUGUACCAUUUGCACAAUUAUUUGGCAUGAUUUCAUUUCUAACAUCAAUUAUUGCUUUUUUACCAUAUGGAAAAAUUAAUGAAAUGAUUUAUUGGCAAUGGCAACUAGCAGCAUUAUCAAUAUUAUUACAAUGGUUUAACAUAGCAUUAAUAUUACGUUCAGUUCCAUUUAUUGGAAAUUUUAUUGUUAUGUUACAAUCAAUAUUAAUUAAUUUUAUUUCAUUAACAUUUGUUAUUUUACCAUUACUUAUUGCAUUUACAAUAGCAAUACGAAUGAUUUUUUUUAAUCAUUCAGCAUUUUUAUCUCUUAUUGUAUCGAUGCAUAAAUUAUCGGUAAUGCUUAUUGGAGAAUUUAAUUAUGAAACAUUAUUUUUUUCUAAACCAACAUUUAUAACAGCAGCAUUACUUUUUAUACCAUUUAUUAUUAUAAUGACAAUUGCUUUUAUGAAUCUUUUAUUAGGUUUAACUAUUGGUGAUAUACAUAUUUGUAUGGAAAAUGCACGAGCAAAAGCAAAUGCUUAUCAAAUUCGUGAACUUAUUUAUAUUGAAUCAACAUUACCAAGUAUAAAAUGGUUAAAAUCAAAUAUAAUUGAAAAUGAAAUUAUUGAUAAUUAUUCAAAAGAUUCAAUAUCAAAAAAUCAAAAUGAAGAUGAUGAUCAUAAUGAAUAUUUAUUAAGUCAUCAACGUAUUGUUGAACUUGGUAAAUUACUUGAUAUUCUUAACAUGUUAAUUACACAAGCUAAACAAGUUUUAGAAAAAGAAAUUAAUUUAGAAAAAAUACUUAAACAAUUAUUAACAGUUAGAAAAGAUCAAGAUUCAAAAGAAUGCAGUUCAGAUGUUUUAAAUACUUUGAAAUAA